UCUUAUGGGGCUGAUCGCAGUCUUUCACUUCGUUGUCUGUGGUAGGACGUAGGUUUGACUGUAAGUUGCUCAACAGCAUAGAAUAUAUGCAUAAUUUAACUGCGACUUAUUCUGAAAUUAUUAUGCACUCAUCCUUCCUGAUUAGAUGCCAAUGGUAAAGUUGCCAUCUUAAAACAUUUUAUGUACCAAUACAAAUCAAGAGUUCUAUAUCCAUAUAUUGAAUGUUAAAGGUAAAGCACAUUGAAAAGGCCCAUUCCAUUUUAAUUGCUGUAAAUGGAUGAAAGAGCAUUCAUAACACAAAAUGGAACAGAAGGGAUUGAGAUUAUUGACUUGGCUUGUCACAAGAUACCACUCCACAGAAGCCAAAUUCAGAUAAAUUUUUCUGAUAACUUUAGUAACAAAUCUGACACAUGGAUAGAAAAAUCUGUCAAGCUAAUAUGGGAUGAAAAAUGCCAAGAAAACAACAGACUAUACAAUAAAUCUAAAUUUAGAUUUGACAGUAUUGCAAUUUGCAAUGAUCACCAGAUUGUUAUUAAUCUGGGUCUCACCACAUAUAUGGAAUUAAUAGGAACAAAUUGUCAUCCAUUUGGGAAAGAACUGGUGCUGCAUGGAAUGAAGUGUUUCAAAAAUGGUCGAUCGUGUUUAGCUGAUCCGUUGGGCGUUGGAUGUCUUUUGCUCACUGCAGAUGAGAAAUUCCUUUUCUUGAAACGGGCAAUGUGGACCGGAGAAGACAAAGGGAAGCUAGACAGGCCAGGCGGUCAUCCUGAACCGGAUAAUGUUUCACUAGCUAUACAAUCUUGGACGGAAGAAGAAUGCCGGAAGCCAGAAAAUUUACGACGAAUUCGGGAUGAAAUCUUCGAUUCUGUGAUACAUGAAGUGCGUGAUGAAGUCAAUUUGCCGAUGGAAACAAUAAAAGAUCCUGUACUUUUAGGAGUAAUUCGUAGCCUAGAACGCUCUGGACGGCCAAGCGCGGAAUUCCUUGUGUUGUGCUCUUUGACGUCAGAGGAAGUAGAAGAGCUAUAUUCAAAAAACUGCCAGGCGGAGGCCGACGAAUCGAUAGGUAUCGUGUUCAUUUUGGAGGAAAAAAUCCGCACGCAGGUUUUAGAACAGCACGUUUGGAACAAUCUCACGGAUGCUGCUUGUGGAGCAAUCGAACUCUACAGCCGUUGUUACUCGGUUUCUCCAAAUAAGCAGUGAUCUGCUUACCAUCGCAACAUAUCUCGUACAGAAACUGCCACAAGCACAGUACGCAUUUAUUACAGCCCAAAUCAAUUCGCCUUUAGUUAUAUACAAAUAAUAAAUUACUUUUAUUGGUGAGAACUCAGAUUAAAAAUCAUUGUAAAACUUUCAAUAAUUUUUAAUAAAAAAGAAAAAAAAUGUUGGA